GCCGCUGCCGGCCGGGCUCACCCCGCUCUCAUUGGUCCCGGCCAGGCUGUUACUGAGGCGGAGACACGGGUGAUGAUUGGCUUUCUGGGCAGAGAGGAAGUGCUGUGAUUGGCCAGAUCUCAGGAGCUCGCCGACGCAGUGAGAGGACGCUCCCACGGAGGCCGGAGUUGGCUGUGAAGGGCCCCGGGUGGCCAUCUGGGGGCAGUGGGCACUCCUGUCAGAGCGGCUGGAGCGGGACCGUCGCCCCAGAGAGCUGGGGCAGGGGGCCGUGCCCGAUCUCCAGGGCUCCUGGGGCCACUGCUGACCUGGCUGGAUGCAUCGGGCAGUGGACCCUCCAGGGGCCCGCGCUGCACGGGAAGCCUUUGCCCUUGGGGGCUUGAGCUGUGCUGGGGCCUGGAGCUCCUGCCCGCCCCAUCCCCCUCCUCGUAGCGCAUGGCUGCCUGGAGGCAGGUGCUCUGCCAGCGUCGGCCAGCCCCCACUCUCCGCUCCCCUGCCCCCUUCACAUGGCAGUAGCUCUGGGCACCCUAACAAACCGUAUUAUGCUCCAGGGACCCCCACCCCGAGACCCCUCCAUGGGAAGCUGGAAUCCCUGCAUGGCUGUGUGCAGGCAUUGCUCCGAGAGCCGGCCCAGCCCGGGCUGUGGGAGCAGCUUGGGCAGCUGUACGAGUCAGAGCACGACAGUGAGGAGGCCAUUCGCUGCUACCACAGCGCCCUUCGAUACGGAGGAAGCUUGGCUGAGUUGGGACCCCGCAUCGGGCGACUACAGCAGGCCCAGUUCUGGAACUUUCAUGCCGGCUCCUGCCAGCACCGAGCCAAGGUCCUGCCCCCCCUGGAGCAAGUGUGGAACUUGCUGCACCUCGAGCACAAGCGGAACUACGGGGCCAAGCGGGGAGGUCCCCCAGUGAAGCGAGCCGCUGAACCCCCAGUGGUGCAGGCCGUGCCCCCGGCCGCGCUGUCGGGCCCCUCGGGGGAUGAGGGCCUGAGCCCUGGAGGCAAGCGCAGGAGAGGCUGCAGCUCCGAGCAGACCGGCCUUCCUCCAGGGCUGCCGCUGCCGCCCCCCCCACUGCCGCCGCCGCCGCCCCCGCCGCCCCCCCCACCCCUGCCUGGCCUAGCCACCAGCCCUCCAUUUCAGCUGAGCAAGCCAGGGCUGUGGAGUACCCUGCACGGAGAUGUCUGGGGCCCCGAGCGCAAGGGUUCAGCACCCCCGGAGCGCCAGGAGCAGCGGCACCCACUGCCCCAUCCGUAUUCGCACCCGGCUCCGGCCUACACCGCGCACCCCCCUGGCCACCGGCUGGUCCCGGCCGCACCCCCAGGCCCCGGCCCCCGCCCCCCAGGAGCAGAGAGCCAUGGCUGCCCGCCUGCCACCCGUCCCCCCGGAAGUGACCUUAGAGAGAGCAGAGUUCAGAGGUCGCGGAUGGACUCCAGCGUUUCACCAGCAGCAACCACCGCCUGCGUGCCUUAUGCCCCUUCCCGGCCCCCCGGCCUCCCCGGCACCACCAGCAGCAGUAGCAGCAGCAACACCGGUCUCCGGGGCGCGGAGCCGAGCCCAGGCAUCCCCGGCGCUGACCAUUACCAAACUCCCGCGCUGGACGUCUCCUCUCACCAAGGCCGCCUGGGGCCCUCGGCACACAGCAGUCGGAAACCGUUCCUGGCGGCUCCCGCUGCCACUUCUCACUUGUCCCUGCCGCCCCGCCCCCCCUCACCUCCUCCACCGCCCUGUCCCCGCCUCCUGCGCCCCCCACCGCCCCCUGCCUGGCUGAAGGGCCCGGCCUGCCGGGCAGCCCGCGAGGACGGGGAGAUCUUAGAGGAGCUCUUCUUGGGGGCUGAGGGACGCCCCCGCCCUCCCCCGCCACCCCUCCCCCACCGCGAGGGCUUCUUGGGGCCUCCGGCUCCCCGCUUUUCUGUGGGCACUCAGGAUUCGCACACCCCUCCCGCCCCCCCAGCCACCAGCAGCAGCAACCAUGGCAGCCACAGCAGCAGCCCCACGGGGCCUGUGUCCUUCCCCCCGCCUCCCUAUCUGGCCAGAAGUUUGGAUCCCCUUCCCCGGCCCCCCAGCCCCACUCUGAGCCCCCAGGACCCACCUCUUGCCCCCUUGACUCUUGCCCUGCCUCCAGCUCCUCCCUCCUCCUGCCACCAAAAUACCUCAGGAAGCUUCAGGCGCCCGGAGAGCCCUCGGCCCAGGGUCUCCUUCCCAAAGACCCCCGAGGUGGGGCCGGGGCCGACCCCAGGCCCCCUGAAUAAAGCCCCCCAGCCUGCGCCGCUCAGGGCGGGGGAGCUGCCCGCCCGAGGCCCGCGGCUCUUCGAUUUUCCCCCUACCCCGCUGGAGGACCAGUUUGAGGAGCCAGCUGAAUUCAAGAUCCUCCCCGACGGGCUGGCCAACAUCAUGAAGAUGCUGGACGAAUCCAUUCGCAAGGAGGAGGAGCAGCAGCAACAGGGGGCAGGCGUGGGCCCCCCGCCCCCCCUGAAGGAGCCCUUCCCAUCUCUGCAGCCUCCGUUUCCCGGUGACACAGCCCCGGCCGCCGCCACGGCCACGGCCACAACCGCCACCGCCGCCCAGGGAGAGGAGAAGAAGCCACCACCAGCCCUUCCUCCGGCCAGCCUGCUCAAAUCCUUGGCCUCCGUGCUGGAGGGACAGAAGUACUGUUACCGGGGCACUGGAACGGCUGUUGCCACCCGGCCCGGGCCCUUGGCCGCCACUCAGUAUUCCCCCGGUCCCCCGUCAGGUGCUACCGCCCCAGCGGCCCCCAGCGCCCAGGGCUCCCCGCAGCCCUCCGCUUCCUCGUCAUCUCAGUUCUCUACCUCAGGCGGGCCCUGGGCCCGGGAGCGCAGGGCGGGCGAAGAGCCAGCCCCGGGCCCCAUGACCCCCGCCCCGCCGCCCCCACCCCUGCCUCUGCCCCCCGCUCGGUCUGAGUCUGAGGUGCUAGAAGAGAUCAGUCGGGCUUGUGAGACCCUCGUGGAGCGGGUGGGCCGGAGCGCCACAGACCCGGCGGGCCCAGUGGACACGGCAGGCCCGGUGGACACGGCAGGCUUGGUGGACAGUGGGACCGAGCGCCUGCUGCCUCCGGCCCAGGCCCGGGAGGAGAGCGGCGGGGCGGGGGCGGCAGCAGGACCAGGCAGCGGCAAGCGGCGGCAGAAGGAGCACCAGAAGGAGCACCAGAAGGAGCACCGACGGCACAGGAGGGCCUGUAAGGACAGCGUGGGUCGGCGGCCCCGAGAGGGCAGGGCAAAGACCAAGGCCAAGGCCCCCAAAGAAAAGAGCCGCCGGGUGCUGGGCAACCUGGACCUGCAGAGCGAGGAGAUCCAGGGGCGCGAGAAGGCCCGGCCCGAUCUCGGCGGGGCCUCCAAGGCCAAGCCGCCCGCCGCUCCGGCCCCCCCACCAGCUCCUGCGCCCUCUGCCCAGCCCACGCCCCCCUCAGCUCCCGGGCCUGGGAAGAAGGUCCGGGAGGAAGCGCCAGGGCCACCAGGUGUCAGCCGGGCUGACAUGCUGAAGCUGCGCUCACUUAGUGAAGGGCCGCCCAAGGAGCUGAAGAUCCGGCUCAUCAAGGUAGAGAGUGGUGACAAGGAGACCUUUAUCGCCUCUGAGGUGGAAGAGCGGAGGCUGCGCAUGGCGGACCUCACCAUCAGCCACUGCGCCGCCGAUGUCGUGCGUGCCAGCAAGAACGCCAAGGUGAAAGGGAAGUUUCGGGAGUCCUACCUUUCCCCAGCCCAGUCUGUGAAACCGAAGAUCAACACUGAGGAGAAGCUGCCCCGGGAAAAACUCAACCCGCCCACCCCCAGCAUCUAUCUGGAGAGCAAACGGGACGCCUUCUCGCCAGUGCUGCUGCAGUUCUGUACAGACCCUCGAAAUCCCAUCACCGUGAUCCGGGGCCUGGCGGGCUCCCUGCGGCUCAACUUGGGCCUCUUCUCCACCAAGACGCUGGUGGAGGCGAGCGGCGAGCACGCGGUGGAGGUGCGCACGCAGGUGCAGCAGCCCUCCGACGAGAACUGGGAUCUGACGGGCACGCGGCAGAUCUGGCCCUGCGAGAGCUCCCGUUCCCACACCACCAUUGCCAAGUACGCGCAGUACCAGGCCUCGUCCUUCCAGGAGUCCCUGCAGGAGGAGAAGGAGAGCGAGGACGAGGAGUCCGAGGAGCCCGACAGCACCACAGGAACUCCUCCCAGCAGCGCCCCGGACCCGAAGAACCAUCACAUCAUCAAGUUUGGCACCAACAUCGACCUGUCUGACGCCAAGAGGUGGAAGCCCCAGCUGCAGGAGCUGCUGAAGCUGCCCGCCUUCAUGCGGGUCACAUCCACGGGCAACAUGCUGAGCCACGUGGGCCACACCAUCCUGGGCAUGAACACGGUGCAGCUGUACAUGAAGGUCCCCGGCAGCCGAACGCCAGGCCACCAGGAGAACAACAACUUCUGCUCCGUCAACAUCAACAUUGGCCCUGGCGACUGCGAGUGGUUCGCGGUGCACGAGCACUACUGGGAGACCAUCAGCGCCUUCUGCGACCGGCACGGCGUGGACUACCUGACUGGUUCCUGGUGGCCAAUCCUGGACGAUCUCUAUGCUUCCAAUAUCCCUGUGUACCGCUUCGUGCAGCGCCCCGGAGACCUCGUGUGGAUUAACGCGGGCACCGUGCACUGGGUGCAGGCCACCGGCUGGUGCAACAACAUCGCCUGGAACGUGGGGCCCCUCACCGCCUAUCAGUACCAGCUGGCCCUGGAACGAUACGAGUGGAACGAGGUGAAGAACGUCAAAUCCAUCGUGCCCAUGAUUCACGUGUCCUGGAACGUGGCUCGCACGGUCAAAAUCAGCGACCCGGACUUGUUCAAGAUGAUCAAGUUCUGCCUCCUGCAGUCGAUGAAGCACUGCCAGGUGCAGCGCGAGAGCCUGGUGCGCGCCGGCAAGAAGAUCGCCUACCAGGGCCGGGUCAAGGACGAGCCCGCCUACUACUGCAACGAGUGCGACGUGAGCCCCCACUCCCGACCCGACCCCAACCCCGCCUGA